UUCAAAUAUUAUAAGGUUAUAUUUAUUAACAAAAGUAAUUUGAAACCGAUAUUAGUUUAACCAGUUAUUCAUUGAUGAAUGAACAUUUAAUUUAAGUAUAUAAACAAGAUGAUGAAUUCAUGAAAUUCAUCACAUCCAUCCAUUACUAUUCAAUUGAGUUCAAAGUGUUCAAUGAGAAUGAGAUAUUCUUUAAGACAUAUCUUAGUGUUUCUAUGCUUUAUUUGCUUACUGGCAUUUGUUAGAAAUGAAUAUAUUUGUCAACUUAUGCCAAACAUCACUCUGGUAAGUAUGAUUAUUUUUAAGAGAAUAUCUCUUCAGAAUACCGGUGUCCUUGGUGAACCGAUUGAUAAACGUCAAUAUGGAGGUAAUGGACUGAAGUUUGUUGUGAUAUAUGCAGAAAGUAUUCGAAGGCACCGAUUAUUUAAUGAUUUCAAGGUAAGAGUGUUUACUGUUGUUCACUUCUUCUUUCAUUUAUCAAUUAUUUUGUUGAAUGAACCAUGUGAAGCACUUUUUGUGUCAUCAUUGUGUGGAUAUGUUGCUAAUGCAUUAAAUAAUAUGUCGAUCAAUCUCCUUGUUUAACCAUAGAAAUUCUUGCCAGUAGUAUUCUCAUUAUUGGAUUUGAAUCAAGGAUGAACAACAUUGAUCGUGUUUGAAAUCAACUUUCAUUGUAGACUUGUCAGGAUAUUUCAGUGUGAACACUGAUGUUAAGAUGGUCGGAGAAAUAUCUGGAAACAGUUGGACGAAUGAAUACCAUAAUAAUAGUC